AAUUUGACAGUCCCAUUACCCUAACCUGCGAACAGGCAUAACUCGAACGAGACCACGAGUUUUAUAUUUUGACACAAUUAUAAACAAAACACUCUAUAAAAUCGUUAAAAUAAUCGAGUUUUUCAAAGAUGUGUAAAGUAGUAGCGUUUCUAAGUGUCACACUAAUAAUUUUAGCGCAAUGUUUUGUAUCGUUUGCCGCCGAAGAAAGGUUGAAUAUCGGGGUUAAGAAACGCGUCAAGGACUGCAAAGUCAAGUCACAAAAUGGCGACACGUUGCAUAUGCAUUAUACGGUAGGUUGUUAUAAACAAAUAAUCUGGUCUGUGUAAAUGAAUGUAGAUUAAUGCGAAUUGGCGUAAAUAUUUCAGAUAUUUGCGCUGAAAUUUGUAAUAAUUGACACGAGAUUCCAGACAAUACAAGCACGCUGAAUAUUUGAUUUGCAAAACUUAAAGUGGCUAGGUAUAGCUUAAAGUUUGAUUUUAGGACAUAUCACAAAUGCAACAGUUGUGCAACAUUGUGCAACACUAGAUGUAACACCAAGUAACAUGUUACAGUCUGUUGCACUCAAUGUUACGGUCUGUAGUACUGGGAAUUGUGUACAACACUGACUUAGUGGACUUAAUAACCCAUUGAAUCGCAUUGCGCCCUGAUGUGCCCUACUUUAUUAUGUUAAUGCUCCAUCUAAUGCCAGAUUAUUUUACUUGUCAAGGGGAGAGCCCUUGAUGGGUUAAGGCCAAGACACACGGGAAUGAAAGAAAUGUGACAGAAGAAAUUAUCAUUGGUUACAAAUAUAAUAGCAACAUUGAAUUUGUUGAAAAGUACUUAUAAUAUGAAGUCGCAUCAGUUGUGUCAAACCACUUUGCCAUUAGCUACUGCAGAUGGCCAGAUUGCAACAAGUCAUUAUGUCUGUGAUGUAUUCUAUCACAGGAAAAGUUCUAAAUUGCAAGUGUCAUGAUUUGAUACACUGCAUCACGUCAUGGUAUUACCUGGGGGACAAAAUUGAGCUGAAUAAUAUGAGGCAUUAUCCGGUUAUAGACUUUGUCUACUGAGUUGUGAACCAAUGCAGAUGGAGACAGUUAAUUGAACUAUAAAGCAGCCGCAAACCAAAAAACAGAGUUUGCACAAAUCCCACUAUAAGCAAGAUGCCCCAAAUAUAUUUACCAAUAUACUUUGUAGUUUGCACUGACAUGACCUUUAUAUAUAUAUACUAUUUAACAAAAAUUAUAUAAAAACUUUGAUAAACCAUGUUGAUCAAUGUUGAAUGUACAGUUAUGAAAACACUCGUGGAAAUUGGGAAAACUCAAAAUUGUGUGAAAAACACUCUGCCAGAGGGCGCUGCACUAGGAUCACAGGGCUGCAGGCUUGAUUCCUGCCAGUGGACCUAUGGGCUAUGGCUGCAUAUUGUUUUGCAGUUGGCCAGGUCUAAAAACACACACAAUUUCCACUCGUAAAUUUCAUCUACUCUACAAAAGUCUUACAAUUCAAUGCCAUUACAAAGCAGCUUCAAAAAUUUCAUGUAUGGUAUAUCUGACAUCAGUAAGUUUUGUAGAAAAAACCCAACAUGUUACUUUUUGAAAAUUUAGGGAACACUUAAAGAUGGCACAGAAUUUGAUAGCAGUAUUCCAAGGGGUGACCCAUUUGUGUUUACGCUAGGAACCGGCCAAGUUAUCAAAGGUAUAUAUGUACAUAUUAUAUCCUUCAUAGAAGCUAGCCAUUUCUAUCAGACUAUCAGUAGGAAAAGUUCAAGGGAAUGUAACUUAACUAUUUUUACCACUUGUGAUGAAGGCAAGUUUAUACACUCAGUCACAUGAAAAUUUUUUGCCUGGAAUAAAAUUCACUUGCCAUCAGGUCUAGUUUUGGAAAUGAUUGCAGUAAGGAUUGAUUGAAUUAAAUUUCAAUCUUAUAUUUUCCUUAACAAAUUCAAUUGAAGACUUAAAUAUGAUGUGUUGUUUUCUGCGGAUUUAUCAGUAAUGAAUGGAAAGUAGAAUGUAUACCAUAAACAAGCAAACAAUUUUGUGUAGCAAUUAAUUUCUGACAAAACGUUGAAAAAAUUCCCCCAUUGGGCAGCCAAGAGGCAACUUUUACUUGCCCGUAAUGAUUUUUACUUGCCCCAGGCAAACGCUAAGUUGCAUCACUGACACUCGUUUUAGUUAUUUUUUUCUCCAAUACAAAAUGUACAAAAUAUAGUUUAUAGGGCACUUUGACUUGUCCUAGACACUAAUUUUCACAAUUUUAUUUAUUUUCUUUACCAAUAGGUUGGGAUCAAGGUCUUUUGAAGUGAGUAUCAAAAGACUGGGAAUAUGUAGUAUUGUCUUCUUGAAACUCUAGCAAAAAGUUUAAAGAAAAUUAUGAGUGUUAAUUACUGGUAUACAAAUUGAAAUCAGGUUUUGAAAACACCACAGUCAAAUGUUUGCACAUAUUUAUUGCUUAUAUUCAAAAGGCUGGGAAUAGCAUUGUCUUCCACAAAGCUCUAGCAAAAAGUUUAAAGAAAAUUACGAGAUAAAAUUAUUUGUAAUAAAUUUACGUGGUGUUUCCACAAAUAAUAGUUUUAUCGCCAUGCAAACCUACAAAGAAAUUAAAAUUACGAUAUAAAAAAUAAACUCCAUAUAAUGUUGUUUUGUCACAAGAAAAAAAGCAGUAAAAUUCCAUACCUUAUUGAUGUAGCUUGAGCUGUUUCCCUAUCGUAAAUGCUUUUCUUUUUGCGCAUAUACUCCUAAUAUUGGCAGCUUUUGAUACUUUAAUACUAUUGUGUUGGUUUUGAAAGGUUAUUUACCCAAGGAUACCAUCUUGCAUGUUACAAUUUUGCCAAAGUCAUGUUCCUUUGUCCAUUACCAACAAAAUCUGUUCAAUAAUUUUUAUUGGCAUACUGUAGUAAAGUUUACUACAGCUGAUUUAUUUCUCAUUUAGCAUGUGUGAAGGAGAGAAAAGAAAGCUUGUGAUUCCUCCUAGCUUAGGUGAGUUCAUCAUCCACAAACAGCAAGUCAAAAACCAACAUCAACUAUAAAUAGUAUUGCUAAUACCAUGGAUAAUAAAAUAAUUUUACAAUCCAUGCUAAUACCAUAAAUGUGAUGCCUGUGGAUGCCUAUCACUCAGUUUCAAUCAAAUAUCAUUUAAUGGACCAUUUUUAUGUAGUAUUUUUAUUCACAUUUCUAGGCUAUGGUGAUUCUGGUGCUCCUCCAAAAAUUCCAGGUACAGUAUUUGUGGGUCUGUGUUUCCAUGUUCCCUAGGAAAUUCCUUUGUUCCCCACAGAUUUCACCAUCACAGGAAAAAAAAAUUCAUUUGUUCCUGGCCAAUGCAAAAUAUGCCUUGAAAGUUGAAACCCUCGUAUAUAAAAUGUACUAAAUGCCAAGCAAUUUUCAUGUUUACAGGUGGAGCCACAUUGGUAUUUGAAGUGGAAUUGAUAAAGAUUGAUAGAGAGGGACGUUCAGAUUUAUAAGAUGUCUCAAAAUAGUUGAGAAAAUGAUCGUUGUAGCUUUAAUAAUAGCUUAUCAAAUUGACAUGGUGAAUGUUAGUGUUUUAAAUUAUAAAAUUGAAAAAAAAUUGUUGUGCAAUAUUAUAAUUGUUGUGACUUGAUCAAGUAUCGAGUGCAGUAGAAC